AUGGCAACUAGACAUUUCACGAGGAUGAUUCUGUUAAUUAUCUCAAUGGUUAUCUUUGACCUGGCAUGGAGCUGGAACCAGUUGCAAGGUCCCAUCAUGCUGGCAAUUCUGCUGCCCAAAGACAACAGACGGCCAUUCUCUAUACAUCGAGUCAGACCAGCCAUUGACAUAGCUGCUGAGAAGGUAAGGACACUAGUGACCACCAGUAUAGAGUGUGCAACCAUGUAUAUCAACUAUGCUGACUCCAUGUGCUCUAGCGCUGACGCAAUGAACGAGGCAAUCAAUUUCUACAUCAAAAACAAGUCGCACAUUUUCUUUGGGCCUUGCUGUGAUUACGCGGCGGCUCCAGUCGGUAGACAGACAAAAUACUGGAACAUUCCAAUGAUCACAACAGCCCUUGCACGUGACUUUGCUGAGGCUAAAGCGGACAAAUACCCAAUGAUGACCCGUGUUGGAAGCAGUAUCAACAAGAUGGCAGACUUUUUCGCCAAAAUUCUUAAAGAAUUCCGCUGGAUCCGUGUCAAGAUUCUGUAUCAGCCUAAAGGUCUGGAUUACCUUGCUGACCACAUGUGUCACGUGACAGCAGAAAGCUUACAUUACAUGUAG